CCGACCACGACCAUCUCCCCGACCAUCUCCCGCCGGCCGCGGGGGACCGCGGGGACCCGCGCGCGGACCACGCCAUGGAUGGCGUCGACCGUGUCUUCGAGGUCCAUCUCCGGCGGCGUCUGGACCGGUGGCCUCAGCCGCAGCAGUACCGUCACCGGGCCCACGGGCGGCGCGGCGUCCGGAGCGGUCGUUCCCUCCGCCUCCACAGACGCUUUGAAGGACUUCUUUCAGACUUGUACAGGCUUAACAAGCCUUUGUGGCUUCAUGGUUGUGUUCUGCUGGGUGGUGAUCGACAGCGAACUGGCCGAUGAGUCCAUCCUCAUCGGGGGCUGCCUCACGGUGGUGGGCCUUGGCCUCUUUGGCCUUGGAGUACGCUUUGGGCUGAUGCCGCUGAGCGAGGAGGUGGGCCGAGCAUUGCUGGAGAAAACCUCAAAGCAGGUGGUCUACAUCUUGGUCUUCCUUUUAGGGUUCUUGUGCAACGCCACGGAACCGACCGUUUGGAGCUUAAGUGCCACGGUGCGACAACUCUACAGUUCCCAAGGAGCUCUCUCUCUUGGUGCACGGCGAAUGGUGAUGCUCACCGACCAUCCGGUCGUUACCCUGUUCUGGCUAAGUGUCAGUGUGGGCCUGGCGACACUGCUGGGCUGGCUGGCGCUGCGAUCCGAUGCCCCCACCGUUUUGGGCGCUCGGCUGAUGUACAAACUGAAUAUCAAGAAGGUCAUUUUUGGCGUCACGACGGGCAUGCUCGUCUUCACCAUUGCCUGUGCCAACAUCACUGGAUCCUUGCCGGCUGUGGCAGGCUUCGCCUGGGACAUGGCCGCGGGCACCUCAGGCGCGGUGUCGUCGCCCAUCCUCCUGGGCUUGGGCAUCGGCAUGAGCAGUCGCGACCGGCGCCGGCUCUCGGACCAAGAGGACGGUGGCUCCGCCUGGUCUGCGGGCUUCGGCGUGUUGGCCUUUUCGGUGUUGCUCCCAGUCGCGACGAUGUGGUUGGUGACCAUGGGCAUGGGCGAAGGAGAAGACACGAUGUUUGGAGACAAAACGAUGGGCUUGGGACUUCCCAAGCCGAAGCGCUUCGAGGAGGUCCUCGCCACCUCGUGGGCGACGGCCUCGUGCACACUGGGUCCAAUCUCCGGUUUGCUUCUCUUGAUUCAUUUUGUGCUCUUCUACCGGGAGCUGGGCACCUUACCCGAGCUCAGCACGAUCCUCCUGAGUCUCGCAGCCUGCUUCCUUGGCAUUGCGAUCUUUACUAUGGGUUUGGAAAUGGGGCUUGUGCCCCUGGGGGAUCGAGCCGCCUUGCAGCUCGCGCACGCAAAGUACAUUUACCUGGCACCGGAGGACCCAAGGCCCUUGACAUGCUUGAUAGUCAUCUCUUCCUACGGCUUCUUUGUGGGUGUCUUCGCGGCCUGGUGUGAGCCACAGCUGAAAACCUUGGUGAAGACGGUGGAGAGCCUUUCUGGGGACACCUUUGAAAGAGAACAGCUCAUGUUGGUGGUGACCUUGGGUGUCGGCUGCGGCAGCGCGCUGGGCUUUGUCAAGGUCUUUUUCGGUCUUCCAUUGGUGGACGUCCUUUCAGUGGGCUACACCUUGUGUUUGCUGCUGACCCUUAUCGCUGAUGAGGCCACGGUGGCCAUCGCGUGGGACACGGCCGGGCUCACCACGGGUCCGGUCAUGGUGCCGCUGCUGAGUCGCAGCGGCCUCCGCUUCGUGAGCUACGGCUGGCCGCCCGAAGAGUGCUUCGGGAUCGUGAGCUGCGUGACCUUGGGCGCCGUCUGCUCCGUCUUGUCCAACGGGGUGAUUCGCUCCCAAGCCGUUCACCUCGGCCGAAGCCGUUCCUCCACCUGGACGGAAAUGCGACGAAUUGUCUCCUGAGUGCGAGUGCGACGUUCCUUUCUGGGGACGUGGAGCAAGACAUAGCAAAACAUACCAAGUAUACGGCCAGGACGUGUUCGUCGCCAAAUACGGUCAGACGAAACACUUCACGGAAUCUGGAACAUCUCAAGCUCCUGGAGCGUGUAUUUGGUUUGCUCGAAGACACCCAGAAAAAUAUCAGCUGAGCGAAUGGACCAAAGUGUGGCGGGAGAUGGAACAAUGCUGCUUCCCCCGUCUGUCCACAGCCGUCCUGAACGUAGCUUUGGAGACCUCUCAGUUAUGCUUCACUGAAUCUACUACAUGAACAAUCUACGCAGUAGUCAGUUGCGUCGCUUGGCGCCGAGUUUCGUGCGCAUUUCGCGAAAACGACCUUCCACUGUGCCCCAGCUGACGCGAUAGCCCUCGGAUCCCUU